AUGGAAGACGAGCUCAGUCUACAGGAGGUCUACUACUUGGAGAAGAAGACUAGGGCCACAGCGCGCCACUAUUCGGAGCAGUCAGAGCUGAGGAAGUUCCGACGGCUGAAGUCAGGUGGGAAAGAGGGAGACAGCCUCUCAUGGAUGGAUGUAAUGAGCAUACACGCAGGAAUUGUCUAUAUCCUUGCUGCGUGUGUAUGUAUGUGUGUGUGUGUGUGUGCGUGCAGCCAUGGAUGUGUUGACCGCCAGCAAGGAAUUCGUCGAGGUGGAGCGCAUCAAGCAGCUGCUGAUGUGGCCCGAGCCCGGCAAGAGCCCCCAGGAGCGAACCCAUCCUCGAGGCUCCAUUUACUCCGAGUGCAACCAGAAGUGGCGGCAGCAGGGCCUAUCGGGCAUGGACAAGCCAUUUGGGGCCAACCCCUUCGACCACAGCCGCUGGGUGGACUACCAAUGGAUGGACGCUGAGCUGCUUUGCGACCGCCUUCAGCGCCAGCGCCUCAAGCAGUCCACCCGCGACCUGUUGCAGCAGAAGAAUGUCAACUGUCUCCUGACCUCUGCCUGGAGAAGAGGAUAGAGAGACACGAUGGGGACGGGCAACCGUGUCUCGGGCGAUGUUUUCGCCCCGCAUCCAUCGCAGCCACACCGGCCAGCCGGCCGGCAGAUGUCGACCACGGGGCAAGCAGACCGCAGGGCGACAAUG